AUGCCGUCGAACGACUCUUCGCUCUAUGGAAAUGGCAAAGAGCCAAAGCCAUCAGUCGACGCUGACCUUGCACAGCGCGAGGGCUCUGAAAUCCAGGAUGCCCAACAGAGGAAUGUUGGCGAACUCGCGUUCGACGAGUAUACCUCUGGUGGUCUGGGACGACACCUGGGUGUUUUGUCGACGACUUUUCUAGUGGUUGGCCGUAUCAUCGGCACAGGUAUCUUCUCCACGCCAUCCUCCGUCACUGCGGAACUUGGCAGUGUCGGCGCAUCGCUCAUGUUCUGGGUCCUUGGACUCUUCCUGGCUGCUGCCGGUCUCUGUGUCUGGCUCGAAUUCGCUUGCAUGAUCCCGCGCAGUGGUGGAGAGAAGAAUUAUCUGGAAGCCGUGUACAAGAAGCCCAAGCUCUUGAUUACAAUUUUCUUUGCCGUGCAAGCUAUUGCACUAGGAUUCACCGCAUCUGGCUGUGUCGUUUUCGCGCAAUACAUCCUAACAGCCGCCGACGUCACCGUCACUGAAUGGGGAAAACGUGGUAUUGCAAUUGGCGUCAUUGUUUUCAUCACUCUGUUCCACACUUUUCUUCCAAAAUGGGGUGUUCGUGGCAUGAAUGUAAUCACAGGCAUCAAGAUCAUAGUCCUGCUAUUCAUCGUGGUGACUGGAUGGGUCGUUCUGGGUGGUGGUGUGAAGAGUGUUCCUGAUCCACAUGCCAGUUUUAGAAAUGCUUUUGCUGGGUCGAACCAUUCGGGGAACUUGUAUGCCACUGCGUUGUUCAAGGUUCUGAACGCGUAUGCUGGAUGGAGCAACGCCAUGUACGUGUUGAACGAGGUCCGAGACCCCGUGCGAACAGUGAAGAUUGCAGGACCUCUUGGUCUGCUCAUUUGCGGUAUCCUUUACAUUUUCGCCAACAUUGCGUACUAUGCAGCGGCCACACCGGAAGAGGUCGCAAAAAGUGGCGUGACAAUAGCAGCUUUUUUCAUGUACAAAGUAUUCGGCCAUGCAGCUCAACGUGCAUUGAGUGUACUUCUAGCGAUAUCUGCCUUUGGAAACGUUCUCACAGUGACAUUCGCCCAAUCGCGCGUCAACCAAGAACUCGCCAAAGAAGGCGUAAUCCCCUUCCCCAGAUUCUGGGCCUCCAGCUGGCCCUUUGGCUCCCCCUCGGCCGGCCUGCUUCUUCACUUCAUCCCAUCCUUUAUCGUCAUCGUCGCCAUCCCCUUUGGAGAUGCCUACAACUUCAUCCUCGAUCUUGAAGGUUACCCAAGCAGCGUAGUCAACUUCCUCGUUGUCUUCGGCUUGUUCUACUUACGAUUCAAAGAGCCACACACCCAUCGCUCAUUCAAAGUCUGGUGGCCCAUUGCAGCAUUUUUCAUGGCUGCUCAGGGGUUCCAGCUUGUGGCUCCGUUUUUGCGCCCUCCAGGUGGGAAGGGAGAUACCUCUCUUCCGUAUUGGUUGUAUGCUGUUGUCGGUAUUGCAGUUUUGGCGGCGUCGAUUGUCUAUUGGUUUGUUUGGUGGGUGUUGUUGCCCAGGAUUGGGAAAUACCACUUGGAGCCAACGCAUGAGACGUUGAAGGAUGGUACGCAUGUGGUGGUCUAUAAGUCUGUCAAGACUUCUUUUAAAUCCUAG